CAUUACCGCCGCCGUUAGGUGUUGGUAGUCGGUGUUUUCUGAGUGGGAAGUGGGAAGGUAGUUGGCGAGACGCGAACAAAAGCGUCCUGCGUCAUAGCCGUUAAACACACGCGCAGUACGCGCCACUCAGACCUCAGUUCUGUUCGACAAAUUGUCGAUUUUCACUAUUGGUUUUUUCCCACCAUAUUGUACCGCUCUCGUUUGUCGUUUCGUUUCCGAACAUCUUCCCUUGACAAGGAUCGACUGCACAGACGUUAAUUUCUUUGGUCGUCGACGAGCUAACCGGCGUCGAUCGCAUCGUCUCCCUCAGGAACGUCCGAGAUUACGUGAAUAGUAGAUAUCAAGUAGCAAAAAUGGAAGGUAAAAUACUCGACCAGCAAACCACUGUUGAUUGCAAUCCAGAUAUGAAACCAAUCAUUAAUGUAAAAUCAAAACGCAAAUAUGAUAUAAUUAUUUUUGGCGCUUCGGGAUUCAUUGGGCAACUUAUCGUUAUGGAAAUGGGACGCUUUUCUCAAACAUACAAUUUAACUUGGGCUGUUGCUGGACGUAACACUGAAAAAUUACAAAAUGUACUUGAAAAAUUGUACAAAACUCUUGAUGGUUAUGAAGAUAAAAAAAUUGAUACUAUUUAUGCUGAUGUACAAGAUAUUAAAACUGUAAUGAAAAUGGCUCAAACAACUUCUGUGGUUAUAAAUUGUAUUGGACCCUACUAUAUAUUUGGAGAAGUUGUAGUUAAAUCUUGUGUUUUUACAUCUACUCAUUAUGUAGAUGUAUCUGGUGAAUCAGUAUUUAUGGAGAAAAUGGCAUAUAUGUAUAAUAGACAAGCUGAAGAAAACAAUUCAAUAAUUGUUAGUGCACUUGGUAUGGAGAGUGUACCGGCUGACUUUGGUGUAGAAUUUUUAUACAAAAAUUUUAGAGGUGAAUUGAAGAAUGUUGAUAUAUAUAUGAGUCUUUAUGACAGUUCAUUCACAUUAACUAAUAGCGCACACAUACAUGAUUGUUCUUGGAUAAGUUUUAUAUUGGAUUUUGCUACUAGAAAACAAAGAUUAUACUACCGAAAUUUGUUAGACAAGUUAACAGGAAUAACCAGAGUAAAACCAAACAGUUCCAAGAUAUUGCAUAGACAGCAGAUCAGUAUGCAAAAUGAUAAUAAAGAAUGGUGUGUGGCUUUUCCAGAACCAGAUCAAGCCGUUGUUGCUCGAUCAAUUCAUCAUGCAAAAACUAAAGAUAAUUUGCCUUAUGAUUUUGAUGUUCAAAACUAUAUGGUUUUUGGCAAUUUGAUGACAGCUCUUGUUGGUCUAUUUGUAUUCAUAUCAACAUCAAUCUUGGUUUUGUUUAAACCUUUUAGAAUUUUCCUUGUUCGAUUUCCGACAUUAUCUUCUUGUGGGCUUGCAACGAAAACAGGUCCAACAGAAGAAGUAAUGGAAAAUACAUGCAUGUCAUUAACUUUGAUUGGUUACGGGACAACAUCUGUCUAUUCCCCUAAUGCUUAUAUAAAGGAUAUUACAUACAAUGAUAAUACCACUUCAAGAAAAACUAUUGCUAAAGUUAUAGCUAAGAACCCAUUUUAUGGACUCUCUAGUAAAGCUGUUGUCUUGGGAGCAAUAACUAUAUUAAAAGAUCAUAUUAAUAUUCCCAAAGGGGGUGUUUUAACACCAGCUGCUGCAUUCCGUAACACUCAAUUUGUGAAUCGUUUAAUAGAUCAUGAUGCCGUGGUUUUUGAAAUUGAGUCCGACUUGAUUACUUACAAACAACAAUCAAAAUUAAUUUAAAUCUACUGUCACCUAUUUAGUUGUUUUUUAGUUUUUUGCAAUGUUUAAGACCUAUUCCAUUAAAUUAUAUCUCUUUGCCCUUGUUAGAAUUAAAUUUUUUCUAUUUUCAAUUUGUAAUUGUUUACCUUAUAAGUUUUCAGUAGCUCAUUUGUCUGACAAAGAGUACAAUUAUUCAACGGUUUUAGUUGCUUUAUCUUAUAAUCAUUUAUUAUAUGUCAUACUCAUAAGCUUGCUUUUUAAAAGAUAUCUACAUGUUCUAGUAUAGUAUCAUUAUAGAUUGUUAAAUUGUUACAAAACUACUUACAUUGCUUUACUAGUUAUUGAAUAURUUAAAAUAUCAGUAUUUUAUGUAUGUACACUAGAAAACGAUUAUAUUGAAGAUGUAGGCUAUAGUGAAAUAUCAAGUUUAGUGAUUUAGUCUUAAAGGCAUGGGCAAAACUCCUAUAUUAGUAUUAAAUAAUUAUAAUGAUUAAAUUUGACCUUUGAAUGUAAUUAUUAACAGUCCCUACAGAGUACAGUGUGUGUGUGUAUAACAGCCUUUUUAUUUUAUAUAUAUUAAUUAUGUAUUGUGUAUUAAUUUUCAUAACUAAUAUAUUUUACUGAAUAAUAAAAAAAAUAAACUAACUAAAUACAAAUUGUGUUAAUAUCAUAGGAUGUAUUAUAUAUAUAUUUUUAAAUAUCUACAUUAUUAUUACUUUUUUUUUUUGGAAAAUGAAACCUAAGUUAUUUAUCUACUAGUCAAGCUAUAUGCAUAUAUCUUAAGGAUAAUAAAUGAUGAUUUAAUACUUCCAAAAAGUACAACAUUUUGUUUAAAAAUAAGAUUAUUAAAUUAUUAUGUUGCAUAGGAGAGUGUUUUAACACCUCUGAUGCAUUUYGUAAUUUUUGAUUUUCAAUUGAUGAAUGAUGCUUCAGUUUUUGAGUUUGUUACACAUGCCAUUAAUUUUGAUUGGUUGAUGGUAGAAAUCUAUCCAGUCUGCUCGGUAUUGCAAAUCUAAAUGUUCUAACACAGAAAAAAAUUAUUAUUUAGAAAUCAUUAGGGCUAGGAUUGGAUUUAUAUAUAGUAAAAAAUUGUAAAA